AAAAGACCUUUCACGUUUGCAGGGACUGGCGUGCGUAAAUGUUCCAUUUUAUGAAGGGGUUCUCCAGAUUUCACACACAAACGCAACAUGGGAGCAGAAUAUUAUACCUGGUGGUGCUCAGCUGCUGAAGCACACCAGAGAUCUUUGCGACUGAGCCACCUCACGGGUCGUUUGGGUGGAGAGGAAGGUGUUUGCUGGGAAAAGUUCUUGAGCGGUGUGGCAGAAGAAGUGCGACCACAAGAGCCUGUCAUUGCUCUCCGGUGACAAGUGGGCCUGUUUUUACACCUUCCUUCUAAAUAAGGAUCGGCCUGACAGACAUAUGACCACCGAGCCAAUUUGGGAGCAGAGUGCAUCACGUGCCCGGCCGCCGAACGCCACCAAUAGGCUUCCUCUCAGUGGCAGCAGGCUGUUCAACCCACCACUGACUUGUGGUUUCCCAGCUGUGAAGUCACCGUGAUGUCAUCACGGAUGCCAGCUUUGGCAAGGUAGAGCCAGGGUUCUUGGUGUGUGGCCUGGAGGAUUUAUUCUGAACUGUCACCAAGAGGAGGCUGUCAGAGGCAAGAGAGAGAGGGGAAGUGUGUGUGUGUGUGCGCGCGCGCGUGUGUGUGUGUGAGAAAGAGAGAGAGAGUGGCGCGGAGGAGCUGCAAAACAUGGUAAUCACCACCACCAACAUCACCAUCACCUCCAGCUCCGCCGCGCACUCUCCCGUCUCACCGGGAGUUGCGCGUUAUGCCCAGAGCUCUGAUCUGCUCACCAAAAAUAACCCGCAGCCAGCAUGCCGAAGGAAGCAAAACAAGAAGAGUAGUAUUUUUAGGGUCAUUAAUUUUGACCACGUGGCCCGAAGGUAAACCGGAUGGCCGUUGCGCAAAGGCUCCUCGUCAGUAUGUCCUGCGAGGCCGGCACGCCGCACUGGACGCAGACCGCGGCGGUUCUCCUGGGCUUUCUGCUGGGGAUCGUGUCAGCGUACCCGUUACCGAGCAGCAGGACGAACGCAACUUUGCUGGAGAAACGAUGGGAGACCCUCUUCUCUCGCUCCGUGCUGGGGAUCUCCGGGGAGAAACCGGAGCUGAACUGGGAGAGUGACUAUCUGCUGGGCAUCAAAAGAGUGCGGAGGCUCUACUGCAACGUGGGCAUCGGGUUUCAUCUUCAGAUCCUCCCCGACGGCAGGAUAAACGGUGUACAUAAUGAAAACCAGUACAGUCUAAUAGAGAUCUCCACGGUGGAGAGAGGAGUGGUGAGCCUGUAUGGGGUGAGGAGCGAGCUGUUUGUCGCAAUGAACAGCCGCGGGAGGCUGUACGGAACGACAGUCUUCCACGACGAGUGCAAGUUCAGGGAGAGCUUGCUCCCAAACAACUACAAUGCCUACGAGUCCCUGGUUUACAGAGGGUCCUACAUCGCACUGAGCAAGCAUGGCCGCGUGAAGAGGGGCAACAGAGCCACUACCGCCAUGACUGUAACGCACUUCCUACCCCGAAUAUGACGAGGAAAAAAAAGAAACUGGCAAUAACAAACCUAUUUGCACACGUGGAUUACUUCCCAGGUAACACGAACGCCACAUACGUACGAACGAACCAACACAAAAGACUACGCAGACUGCAAAGAAACACAGCUACAUCUGAUAAUAUUUAUUCUAACUUUAUAUGUAUAUUUGGGUAGCUGACUUUGUAUUAGAAGUGACUGAAACGCCAUUCUGUGCUGCUUUGAUCAGUUUCAUUGUUUUGUGAUACGAAGGGGGACAGAAAAGCGACGAUUGUCCCUUUGGGUUUUUAUGGGUGCUUGUUGGAUCGGGCGGAGCGCUUGCCCUGCCAGUGGAUCACACUAAUUCUCUUUAGGAAAUAAAACUGGAAAUGCUAUUACCUCAAACAACCGAAACCCAACAAAAGCGUGUAGAAAUCAGACAAAUGUGCGCAUGAACUUUUCACUCGAAGGAACGCCUGUUCACUGAAACGUUUUGUUGUCGUCCAUCGAGGUGCUCGACGUCCUCGCUGAUUGAUUGUUUCUGUGACGGUCGGGGCAACUGGAGCACUUGUAAAUUUGUUGGUGGUUUUUCUUGCGUCGUCAUGAGGUGGCUGUGCCUUGAAUUCCUUCUUACGGCCCCCUCACCAGUGCAUGCCAGAAAUGUGGGGCUCAAGUCAGAAAUAGGAACCAUACACAAGUCAUCCCUCCCUAAGACACCGCGGGGGGACUUUAGCCCAAUUCCUCGAGGGUCUGAGGUUUCUCUACUUUUAUUCUCUUUAAUUUUAGAUCAGUGGAGUAGUAGAGACUCAAUGCUGCACAGGACCCAUUGGAGCCUCUUGGAAAGUUAAAUUUAGACUCGAUUUCCCCCCAACAUCCCAUCCACGAGGGCUUUGACAAUCCCAGGUUUUAUUUUCUAGCGUUUUGCAGUCGUUGGGCCAGACCGAGCGUGCGACUGCUUCCUGGAUGUUUGGGUGCACAUUUGGUUUACGAAUCCAUGUCAAAUGUUUUGGGGAUGCUUUUGUUGAACCCUUCCUGAGUCCCGGUAGACACGACACAGAGGAGCAUUUCUGUCUGCUGCACGUUGUUUUGUCUACUCCAAACAGACCCCUCUGUUCUGUCAAGCCUAAACAAUUUCUUCAUGCAGACUCCUAAUUUAUUUAUUUAUACUUUUUGCCUGAAAACUGCAAUAUGUUUGACUGUUUGAUGAUUUCUGGCACUUAAAGUAGCACAUUUAUGCAGAAAUGAGUGACAUUAAAGAGUAUGCUGCUGAUCGGUCGGUUCACUGUAAAUACGACGGUACUUUUGGGUGAUUUAGGGUAACAUAAAUGUUCCAGCUUGGCCUCCAGAGAGCUGGAACUGCAACACAGUUCAUGACUUUACUGAGAAGAACUUACACUGACAAUGUGGAUUAUUUAUCUCAACAUUUGAAGCUGUUUAUGCAUUGAUUAGGUUGGUCAUUAUUGCUUUCUUAGCAAAGAAAAGUAGAAUUGUUUUUCUUCAGCCUUUAUUUAUGCAGCACAACGUACUUGAAUUCAUGAAAUGCUCACACUCCUCUCAGAUGCUGUCAUUUCUGCAACGGAAGCAAACGGCGAAUACGAGCAAACCCAGCGGAGGACAAGGAGGACUUACAAAGCGCUCUGUACGUGGCUCUGAUUGUUUGUUUAACUUGCUGAAGACGCGUAAACAUUCGACUAAAAUGCCUGAGUGUCAGAUUUGUGGGCUGACUGGUUGAUGUCGGGUCGGACGGUCAGCGUAGGGCCUUGAGAAUGUUGUGCAUCUGAGCCAUUUUCAUCCCAAGGUCAGGGAUUUGGGUGUCCCGUCCUCUUGUGUUUCUCAUGUUGACAUUUUAGUUCUCUUCUUUUAUUUAUUAGGCUACGCUAAGCUCAGCACCUGUUGGGCUGUUUCUUGGAAAAGACAUGAUUGGCUGCAUAAGUACCGCUGACUUUUCAACUCAUGGCGAGUCUCUAAAAAGCUGCAACAAGGUGCAUUUAUUUGGAUUUUCUACCAGCUCAAGGGCAGCUUGGUGAAAUGAGACAGCAAAAGUAGCAAAACUUUUGUAGUUGCGUCAUUUUUUAGCUCUGGUCUCGCUCUGGGGGUGGCUCCGAAGUGGGUUUCAUGUUUGCAGCAGUUAUCGUCUUACUUAUAAGGGAGUACCAGGGCCACUGGAAAGAAAACAAAUCUAGAGGCGAGGGUUAAGAGCAAAGAUGAAAAGGCUCAGAAAUCAAAGAAAAAAGUCAAAGUAUUUCUAGAAGUAAGCCAAAAUCCGGUAACGGAAGUUUCUAGAAAAAAGUUUGUGUCCAGAAAACUAUUCAACAUACUAAUUUACAUAUAAAGUUGACAUUUAAAGAAAAGAGUUUGAAGAACAAAGUUAGUUUUUUUUUUACUUUCAGAAAAAACAUCAACAUACUAAAACAAAUUAGAAACGUAGAGAAAACAAAUUAAAAGUUAGCUUUUUAAAAUGAUUUUUGUUGUUCUUUAGUAUAACUGAAACCAUUUUUAUAAGUUUUGAACAUUCUCAGGUGGUACAUGUGAUUUAGACUCUUAUUGUGAAAGAUUAUAGGAAGUUCCACAGAGCUUUGCUGUGGAAAUCUUCAGGGAAAUGCCACUCUGUUCCGUUUACCCAGUAAAAACCCACCUUCAGUUUUUAUAACAAUAAAAAGAGAACCGAUAAGAGAACAGAACGGAGUUCAGUUCAUCAGCUGAUCCUAAAAAGGUUCAUUUUCGACUUCGUCCUUAUUGGGUUUUCUUCUCAGUGGCACCGACUCACCAUCGUACUGAAUAACCUCAGUUUGGAGAAAAAGAUGACUUCUGACUAGAAUUAGUCUUUCGCCAAGCCCCGCCUCCCUUAGUUACUGUUGCUAACUCCGACAAACAAGUGGUCAAACACUGACCGGCGCGGCAGAUUGCCACGAUGAAAAGAAGUAGACAGAUGUGUGUCGGCGACAUCUUUUGGAGCGAUUCCACCGUAACAUCAUCCAGAUCGAGACAAAAAGGGUUCCAGUAGGCAGUGAAGGGAUAAAUUCAAAAUAAGAAAAUACGCAUCGAAGGAGACACGACUACUACAGAGGCUAUUGCUAACCAGUCACAAGCUAACGUGUGUGUGUGUGUGUGUGUGUGUGUGUACACACACAUGUUUUGUCCAUGAGCAUCAUCACCUUUGAAUUCAUUUACAGUAACAAAUAACUGUAAGAUGUUUACAUCCUUACGUAAACUUUUAGGCAACUUUCGACAGCCUCCAAGCUUGUUGUUAGCUGAGUCAGGACCUAGCACAGCUUUUACGGGAUUGGGGAACUCAGGUGGGGUUUCCGUUGAUAAAAUGCUUCACGAAAGAUAAAAACUAAAUUAGUUAUUGUUGCUUGUUGGGGUGUUGCGUACAACUUUGUUUUAAACUGACAAAAAUUAAGGUUGUGGAGCUUAGAGACCCAACACACAGCAGCUAAUGUAGCUAGCGUUAGCUAACAUGUUAACCAAUGUCUAAAGCUAAAGGGCUCGUUAAAGAGCAAGUCACCCCCUGCCAGAAUCUUAUUCACUCCCACUUCCUGUUUGAAAAAUGCAACAAAUGCUGUUGCCUGGCAGACUGAAAGGGUGGAGCCGCUAACAAAUACACACACAGGCUCACAAUGACAUUGUGACGUCAUAAGGCACAUCUUAGCCGAUAGUUAUGGCAGAUUUAACUUCAAAUGCAGUGCAGAGUUUUUACGUGAAUAGGGCACAACGCUAACUGUUUUAGGCAGAAACUAAGAUGCACCAGAGUGCCAAAUUAUCCACUACACGUGUCUAAACACUCAUUUAUAUAGUUUAUCAGCAAAAUAAGUUGAUCUGGGGGUGACUUGCCCUUUAAGCUGAACUUAGUAGACUAAUGUUCUGGCAAUGACUCCAUGGUAAUCGCAACGUUGGGCCAUUGUGUUUUCUUGGGUCUAGAUCGGGCGUGGGGAACCCUGGUCCUCGAGGGCCGGUAUCCUGCACGUCUUUGCCCCAACACUUCUGAUUCAGUGGUUGAUUCACCUGUUCAGCAGCUCAUCAGGCUCUGCAGGAGCCUGUUAAUCACCUGCUGAUUGAAAUCAGGUGUGUUGAAGCAGGGUUGAAACUAAAAUAUGCUGGAUAGCGGCCCUCGAUGGACCAGGGUUCCCCACCCUGGUCUAGAUAGUAGAUAUAGACAACACUGUAGUUAGUUAGACAUUACUCUUACCUUUGAGGAGACGCAUGCUUUGUGAUGUCAUAAAUGUUUAACUGGGAGUGGGGCCGUCCGAACAGUUAGAUCCGUAUCGGGCGCCGCUCACGUCGUUUUCGCUUUGAUAGCGAAUGGAACACAACUCCUCCAGACAACCUCUCUGGGUAUCGACUGUCCGACGUACAGACGCCGCGGACGCAAUGCUAUCCAUCUAGAUUAAAGUUGUCGGACCUCCUCACAGUAACUGUUGCUGUGAUGUGGACAAUGGCCGCUUUGGGGUGGCGAAAGGUCAAUUACAAGCUAACAGCCAUUUAGGAACAACAACUUUCAUCUCUAAAGCGUUAUAAAGCGUUUAAACCUGAGCGCUACACCACAACCUCUGCAUUAAAGAGAUAUGAAAUUCUGACCCGAUGUUUCACUGAUUUUCCAUUAAUUCAGCAGCAAAUGAUGGAAUUUCAAUAAAGCGUAGGGUAGUGUCCUUAAACAUGGCUGUAGUUUGUCUGUUCCACUGAGAGACUUGGUGCGUUUAAGCUCUGGCGUCUGUGCAGAGCGUUACGUGCUGUAAGAGAAGUCACUUGUGUGUGAGCAGCGUUUCAUCUAGGUGAGCACAAAAGCGUCGUGCUCUGCUUCUGCAACGGUACGAGACAAACGCCGUCUGAACAGUUCAUCUUGAGUCAGGAAUUACACGACAUUGUCUCACUGUGCGAGCUGAUGCACCGUUUCCCUCUCGGAGAGUGGCGAAACCAGCAGCCAGCUAAGAAACUACAGAUGGAUGUUUGUUGAAGGGAAAGCACAAACUGGUUUGAGCUGGUUUGUAGCCAGAUGAAAAUGAUCGAAUGCUUCCAAGUUAAAAAAAAAAAAAACAGAGGCUGGGGUUAAAUCCUCUCAUGGACUGAAUACUGUGAUGAAAAACUUCAAGGAUGUCAUGCAUGUUGUUAGGAACGUUCACACCGCGGAUCAGAGCUUUUUCCGGGUCAUUUUAAUAAUUUAUCAAACAAAAAGGUGCACAUUUUUAAUGGAGUGCAAUUUUUUUUAUGCAGGAAAAGAUUUUCUCUUUCUCCAAAACAAGCUAACAUGCAAGAUUUUACGUCUUCUUUUGAUGAGUUCAUUCAGUUUGUUUUCUGUUUCAUCAUCAGAGGAUGCUGUCAGCACUACAGUAGUGAGUAGCAUGGGAGUGGGGAUGUUUUACUGGAGAGGACUUGGGUUGUGCUCACACCAGAAGCAUCUGCAAGUUGCUCCCAAUCCCUCAGCCUUUUGCAUGAUGCUGUUGUGAAGCAGAAAAGGGUGCAGCAGUGGCUAGGAUGUGAGUGGUGAGAAAAUAUGGCUUCCUUAAUUCCUCGUUAUGCAUGUAGAGUUCUGAAUGGGCAGGUACGUCUCACCCUUUUGAUUAAAGAUCCAUUGUCUGGAUUUAGCCGCUGUGCUGGUGUAAAAAUGUGUUGGUUUGCAGGGAACCGGAGGUCUGUGGGCAGAUCUGAGGUCAGAUGUGUGUGUUUGAGCGUGUUUCCUUGUGUGCCGGCAGCCUUUGUGUUUCUCUCUCCGUUUUUCUAUUCCUGCACUGAGGGGAGAGUGCUUCCUCUGAGUCCCCCUCCUCUUUUUUAACAUAUACCUCACCUUCUGCCUUAGUUCCGAUUAUUGAAAUGAUUGUAAAUUAGUUUGAAACAGACUUCUCCAAUCAUUUGUUUCUGAAAAAAUAUGACAAGUAAGAAAAAUACUAUAUUACAAAUGGUUUUCCUUUUAUUUUUGUACGUAUGUGCUGUGCACAGCAGUCAAGUGUAUUCCUGAGAUGACAAUAAAAGAUGUUUUAUAAAAUA